AUGGAGACGUCUAAGCUCAAGCUAGGCGAUACGGUUGAGCUCAUAGCCGUAUCUACAGGAGCUGUAAGCUCCAUUGGUGUUGAAGGCGACGAAGAGGACAAGCUGUAUAGGCUCGUGAUGUAUGCACACGUAGGCAGCGGUCCGGUAAAUGCACAGACUUCCGAGUAUCUAGAAGUCAAGAAAGAGAUGGAAUUGUAUGGCGAAGAAGGCCCAGAUGGACGGGAGUACCGUUUCUACAACGUGCUAUGGGUUGAACGCGAGGAAGGAGUAGCAUACCGGCGUGCAGCAGGACGCGUACCGAAGGCGAUAUGGGAUGCGAAUUGUACUCCGCUGACAAAGAUCAUCCUUGGUUGA